AUGGCAAUUGGAAAGGAGGGUAACGUGAAGUGGGUGGAUGGCCUGCGAGGCUUCGCAUCCGCCCUCGUCGUCCUCACCCACAUCUCGCGCGCCUGGGCCGGCACCCUCUUCUGGGCCACAACCGCCGAAAACACCACCCCCCAGCUGCUGCAGCUGCCCUUCCUGCGCGUCCUCAUACAGGGCCGUCUCGGCGUCUCCAUCUUCGCCCUGGUCACCGGCUACGUCUGCGCCCUCAAGCCCCUCAAGCUCUACCGCCAGGACAAGCACGAGGCCGCCUUCAUCUCCAUAUCCAAGUCGGCCCUCCGCCGUUUCCCCCGCCUGUUUCUGCCCUCCGCCGCCGCUACCGUAAUUUCCUUUGUGAUAUGCGAGCUGGGCCUGUAUUCCGUGGCAGAACACGCCGAUUCGGGUUGGAUCAGCCAGAUCCCGCCGCGCAAGGGCAACCUAUUCUCCGCCGUGGGAAAUCUCGUCUACGAGAUUGGCGCCAUCUGGAUCAAGCGGAACAAUGAGUACGACCGCAACCAGUGGACCAUGCUGCCGCUCCUGCAGGAGAGCAUCAAGAUCUAUGCCUUUCUCCUCGCAGUAGCCUACAUCAGACCCCGCUACCGCAUGCUGGCGAGCUUCGGCAUGUUCGCCUACUAUUGGAUGAGCAACGACCCCGUCUUCGGUAUGCUAGGUUUCUGGGGCGUGCUCAUCGCGGAGCUCCAGUUCGAACCCGCAACCGCCCGCUUCAUCGACCAGCAACGCAUCCUCGCGCCCGUGCUCUCCGCCGUCCUCGUCUUCUCAGGCUUCUAUGUUGCCUCGUACCCCGAGUCACACGCCGAGUGGAUGCCCUGGUCCGACAAUCUCACCCACUUCCUCAAGCCUACCCUUCCCGAGAACCCGGACCUCCCCCGCUUCUCGAGCGGCAUCGGCCUCAUGCUCGCCGCCGUCGGCAUCGUGCUCAGCCCUCGCCUGCAAGAGAUCCUGUCCAGCAAAAUUCUGCUCUUCUUCGGGAAAAUGGGAUUUGCCGUUUACCUUUUGCACGGAACGCUUAUGAAGACGAUUCUUUCCUGGAUGUUAUAUGGCAUCAGCGUGCCAGCGGACCACAAAGACGACAAGGGCCAACCGCAGAUGACACGGAUGAAGUAUCCAGGCCACCAGACGCUGUUUUUGAGUCUGUUGUUUUGGCUUCCCAUCUUGUACGGGUCGGCGUAUGCGUGGACACAGUACGUGGAUCCGUGGUGCGAGCGCAUGACGAGCAAGCUAGUGUCAAAGAUAAAAUUCGAGGAGGCCAAAGGUAACGGAUACAUUCCUAUGAGCGGUGUGCAGGGCCAGGGACAUGCACCCGGUCACCAUGCGGCAUAG